AUGCAUUCUAUUAAAAACGCCUCGAAUUAUGUUGCAGAGAAGACGAAGGCUGGGGGGAAGGAGAGUAGUAAGGAGAUCAACAAGAGUAUAGCGAAGGAUCGCAAUAUGCCCAUUAGUACGCGUGUGCAUGCGGCUGUGAAGGCGGUGGGGGAUAAGAUUGAGAAACAUGGUCAUGAUGCAAAAGCGUCGUAUCAUAAGGAAGUCGUUAAGCAUUAA